AUGAAUCAGAAGCUUACUGCUCCAGUCUCAGAAGAAGAAGUUUACCAAGCUCUUUCCCAUAUGAGUGUAGACAAGGCACCAGGACCUGAUGGACUAAAUGCAGGGUUCUACAAAUACCAUUGGAAUGCUAUAAAAUCAGAGUUUCAGACAGCUUUUAUUCCAGGCAGACUCAUAACUGAUAACAUUAUUGUCACUCAUGAACUCCUCCAUUCUCUUCGUACUAAGAACUUAAAAACUCCUUACAUGGCUAUAAAGUUGGAUAUUGCAAAAGCCUUUGAUAAAGUGGAAUGGAACUAUAUUGAGGCUGUUAUGAAACGUUUGGGUUUUGCAGAAAAGUGGUGCUCCUGGAUCAUGAAGUGCAUCACUACAGUAUCAUAUUCAGUCCUUGUUAACGGCUCUCCUUCCAAGAAAAUCAUCCCCCAAAGAGGCAUACGACAAGGUGACCCUCUUUCACCAUAUCUUUACUUGCUUUGUACAGAGGGGCUUUCAUCUCUUCUUUCAGCAGCUGUCAAAAGUAACAAUAUUCAUGGCUUCAAAGCCAGUAGAAGUGGACCAAAAAUUUCUCAUAUGCUGUUUGCUGAUGACUCUCUUCUCUUUUGUAAAGCUAAUGAAGAGGAAUGCAAAAGAAUCUUGGAAAUUCUCAAAUUAUAUGCCUCAGCUUCAGGACAACAUAUCAACUUCCAGAAAUCGGCCAUACUGUUUGGUAAGAAAGUAGAUACCAAUCUUCAGGAUUGUAUUAAACACCACACAUGUAUCCUUAAGACUGGGGGAUUUGGAAGAUACUUGGGUUUGCCUGAAGCAAUGGGUAGAAGUAAGAAAGAUACAUUUUCAUAUAUCUGUCAGAAACUGCAAAAUAAGUUAGAAAGCUGGUAUUCUAAGUUUCUAUCACCAGGGGGAAAAGAAGUAAUGAUUAAGGCUGUGGCUACCGCUCUUCCCACUUACACAAUGUCAUGUUUCCUGUUACCUAAAAGAAUCACUUCUGAAUUGACAGGACAUAUCAGGAAAUUUUGGUGGUCAAGUAUCAAGGACAAGCACAAAAUUCCUUGGGUAGCCUGGAGUAAAAUAACAAAGUUAAAGCAAUAUGGAGGUUUGGGGUUCAGAGAUCUUCACCAUUUUAAUAUUGCCUUGUUAGCAAAGCAACCUUGGAGAAUGCUAAAACAGCCUCAAUCUCUCUUGACAAGAGUCCUCCACGCAAAAUACUUUUCCAACACUGGUUUAAUGGAUGCUACUUUGGGACAUAGGCCUAGCCAUGCUUGGAGAAGUAUCUUACAAGGCCUGCAGCUGAUCAAACAAGGUUUAAAAUGGAGAAUUGGUGAUGGUGAAACAGUCAGAAUCUGGCGUGACCCUUGGCUAGAUAAUCCUCCUCGCCCAGCAAGAAGUGUUAAUCAUCAGGAAGAACACUAUUUGACUGUUUCAAGCCUUCUCACACCGAACUCAUCAAAUUGGUGUCCUCAUAAGCUACAACAAACAGUUCAUCCCGAUGAUAUCUCUCAUAUCAUGAAAGUUAGGCCGCGUUUAAUCAAGAGUCCUGAUGUCCCUGUCUGGAUCUUUACAAAGGAUGGACAUUACACAUUUAUAUGGUCUCUUCAUGUACCACCGAAGAUAAAACACUUUUGGUGGAAAGUUCUCCAUAACGCUCUUCCAGUGACUGGAAACUUAGCUCUCAGAAAUAUAAAAAUACAGAAAGAAUGCAACUUCUGUGGUGAAGCUGAAGAAUCUAUCAUGCAUAUACUUUUUCACUGCAGGGACCUUCUCAAUGUGAAAGAGAGUGAGUCCCCAACAGACUGCCUAUUUCCUUUCAUUGGGUGGCGCAUCUGGAAAGCUCGAAAUGAUCUUUUAUUCCGAAACAAAAGAUGGGCUAUACCAACAAUUAUCCAUCAAGCUAUUAUGGAUUAUAAAUUGUGGAAGGAAGCCAGCAGUCUAAACCAGUCUUACAAUGGAAAGCCUCAGGAACAUAAAGACAGUAACAAUCCUCAAUCUCUACAUAGAACCAUGGAUCAGUCUAACUCUUACUUUUGUUACACAGAUGGUUCAUGGAUUAACUCCACUGACAAAGCAGGAAUCGGAUGGUCUUUGCACAACUAUCAAGGUAAAUGCCUUAUCAAGGGCUCCUCAUCUAUAGACCCUACCAUGACUGCGCUGGAAGCAGAGACCAUUGCACUCCGGGAAGCUAUCCUUCAAGUCAAGCGUUUAAAUUAUUACCCGGUUAUAUUUUGUGGAGACUCAAAGAUUCUUUACAGGUGCUUAGAUCAGCUAACAAAUGGAGAGCAUGCUGCUAAGGAAGUUGCAGAAAUUCAAAGAUACAUCGAAGAUAUCUUGGCGCUAGCAAAAGGCUCUUACAAAUUUAAAUUUAUAAGAAGAGAAGUCAAUGUAAUAGCUGACAUGCUAGCUAGAGAAGGUAGAACGAAUCAGACUCCUAUGAUUGUAUCUUGUUUUUUUGAUGUGUAUCUUCUCAUGUAA